AAACUGGAGAUAUCCAUUUAUUGUGGCAACUGCAACAAGCUAAGAACGAACGAAAAUAUAAAAUACAAUUUCAGUGGAUUAAAAAAAGAAGAAAUUCUAUUUUUAUCUAGCCCGUAGAACUGAUGAGUCAAGAAACGGAGUUUCUCUCUCUAAAAAAAGUCCAUAGAGAAAGAGAGAGACCCCGCUAAAUCCCUGUUGGUGUAGUCUCUCUGCUCCUCUGUUUUUCUUCCUCUCUCUCAUCUCCAUCCACCCUGUCCGUUCUUUAACGCGUUCACGCGUAUACUUGUCGCUUCUUCCUGCGUAACAACUAUAUAUAACUACCCUCCCUAUGCGCUUAAUAGCAGGUGCAGAAAAAAAUUAACCCUCUUUCGUUUUCUCUGCAUCUGUACCCUCCCCUUUCCAAAUAAUCAAUUAAGUAAAAGCCGAACAUUUUUUUCUAAUCUCUCCUCUGCCUCCGCCUCUCUCAGCUGAAAGAAAGAUAAGAUCAAAUUCUCCAAUAACAGAGGAAGAAACAAACAUAAACAACGUUUAAGGAAAGAAAAUGCCGUCAUUGGAGGACGAGCUCUUCCCUUCUACCCCAGGCAAGUUCAAGAUCGAGCGUGCACACAACAUGAACCGUCAAGUUUAUCGUUGCUUCGCUUCCACAAGCACCAUGUUCUUGUGGGCCCUCUUCCUUAUCGCUCUCACCGCCUCUUACCUCAGCUUCCAGAGCUUCGUAGAUUCCGGUAGCCGGUAUCUCUCCGCCUCCUGGGGCGGGAUCCAGUGGGAGAAACAGGUUCGCACCUCAGCUCAGAUCCACCGACAGGGUGGCAUGUCGGUUCUCGUUACCGGCGCAGCCGGUUUUGUUGGCUCACACGUGUCCCUCGCUUUAAAACGCCGAGGAGACGGCGUCGUUGGCCUCGACAACUUCAACGACUAUUACGAUCCUUCUCUCAAGAAAGCGCGCAAGUCGCUUCUCAAUACUCACGGCGUUUUCAUCGUCGAAGGCGACGUUAACGACGCAAAGCUCUUAGCCAAGCUUUUCGACGUGGUUGCUUUCACUCACGUGAUGCACCUCGCGGCUCAAGCCGGUGUUAGAUACGCCAUGGAGAAUCCUCAUUCGUACGUGCACAGCAACAUCGCGGGCCUCGUCACGCUUCUCGAGGCCUGCAAAUCUGCGAACCCUCAACCCGCUAUUGUUUGGGCCUCUUCAAGCUCCGUCUACGGCCUCAACGAGAAGGUUCCGUUUUCCGAAUUGGAUCGCACCGAUCGACCCGCGAGUCUCUACGCCGCUACCAAAAAAGCCGGCGAGGAAAUCACUCACACCUACAAUCACAUUUAUGGCUUGUCCAUCACUGGUUUGAGAUUCUUCACUGUGUACGGACCCUGGGGGAGACCCGACAUGGCUUAUUUCUCGUUCACGCGCAACAUUCUUCAGGGAAAACCCAUCACCGUCUACCGGGGCAAGAAUCGGGUUGACUUGGCCCGGGAUUUUACCUACAUCGAUGAUAUUGUGAAGGGAUGUGUCGGGUCGUUGGAUACUGCAGAAAAGAGUACCGGGUCGGGUGGAAAGAAGCGGGGACCCGCUCCGUAUCGGAUCUUUAACCUUGGAAACACUUCUCCUGUUACUGUGCCUACGCUAGUGAGUAUCUUGGAGCGUCAUUUGAAGGUGAAGGCGAAGAGGAAUAUCGUGGAUAUGCCUGGAAACGGUGACGUACCGUUUACCCAUGCGAAUAUUAGUUCGGCCCGGAGAGAAAUCGGGUACAAGCCCACGACCGAUUUGCAAACCGGGUUGAAAAAGUUCGUGAAGUGGUACCUUUCGUAUUACGGCUACAAUCAUGGCAAACCUGUAAAUUAAUUUUGUUUUUUGUUUCCCUUUUUUUACGGGAGGUAUUUUUUUUUCUUCUUUUUUUAGUCUGGUAGGAUUUUUAAACCACAGAUAUGGAGGUAAAAUAACCAAUCGGGAAAAAGAGAAAAGAAAAGAAAAGAAAGAACCUGGUCAAGAAGGGAAACGGGACUGAAAAAGAAAAGGAAAAGAGAAAAAAAAUGAAGAAUACAUUCUUUACUUAAGAGGACAGCUAAAACAGCUGUUCCUUGGAUGAUUUCUUUUCUUUUUUGGUAUUAAUUGUUGUAUUUUUAAUUUUUUUUACAUUUUCUUUUCUGUAAAGAAAGAAAGUUCAAUUUAGAUUUAUUUCUUUCUAUUAUUUAUAUAUUUAAUUUUACUUUCUCAUAAAGUUUUUUAGAGCCAUAAUGGGUUGCACCGUAAUUUUCGUUUGGUUUGUUCGUUCAUUCAUCAUAGCAACCUUAUUCGAUGUUUUAACCAUCGAGCAAUUUGAGCCCGUGUUUAAAUUUAAUUCAAUCGAAUAACAAAAUUACUCACAGAGAGAAAGGUGGAUUGUAUUUUAUUGCUAAUUUAUUUAGGACAUAAAAUAUGAAAUAAAGGUAAUUUUUUUAUGAAAAACAAAUAUUUAUACAUCUUUAUAGCGAUUAUUUAUUAUUUACGCAAAAUCAAUUUUAUAGAAUAGUAUUUUACUGGAUAAUAACAAGUAAAAAGGGUGGAGACAGCUAGGAUGACAGGGACAAGUGGUGCAAUGGCUGAGAUACUGCUUUGAUGGGAUCCACAUAGUAGUGGGAGCGUGGGACAGAUAAUUGUAGCCGUUGGAUUUUGGGGAAUAAGAUGGAUUUGUCCAGCUGUAAAGUAUCUUACGUAGUAUGAAGGGAGUGCAGUGAUGGUGGGUUCAGGAAGAACACAAGUUUAGCUUGCCGACAGUGGUUUGAGACUUUGAGGGAAAAAAGAGGCAUGAUGGUGGAUGGAUGGCGUGGAUUUAGGUGGAUGUGGAAAUUACCAGUGCUACAUACUACAUAUUAUGUAGCUCUGGGCUUUUCUGGUGGGUCCAAUGCCAUUGUUGUUGUUCUGAUGUGAGUGUGACCCGGUUUUCUAAAAUUUUUAUGAUGGAAAAAUGGAAUCCCAUAGAGUUUGUCCAUGUUAUGCGAAUUUGCUUUAAGUGGGACCCUUUGCAGGACUCAUUUAUUUACGUAUUAAUCAUUGCAACUU